AAGAUUAAGGUAUUACUAAAAAGUCAAGGAUUGAAGAUAAAAUUAAAUGGCAAGAGUAAAUUAUUGAAAGUGAACAGAAGAAGGAAGCUUCAAAGCCCAGCCCCCACAAAUCGAACAUUCUUUUCAGCCAGGAGGAAGGCUUUUGGAGUCAACAAAAAUUCCUUGACAUCAAAGAUUAUCAAGAAGAAGAACAUCAAAAAUAGUAAAGAGAAGUCUAGGCUCGCUAAAUAAUUGUUCUGUUCCUCAGACUUCAUUAGAUACUUUUACAUCUUGAGUGGAUGAAAAUUUCGAGGAAGAGAAGCAGAGAUAUGUCUCUAUUAUGCUAAAGGCUCAAAAUGCUAUGAGCAAUAGACAAGCAGGGUUUAUGUCUCCAAGAAUUCUCAGAAAUUUCUUGAUCACGAAGAAGUCUUUUAAGAGCUUAGAGAACAGCAGCGAAAGAAGUGCAUCUACUCGCACAGAAAACUCAUUUCCAUGCAGUGAGGUCAAGGAGAAAUCUGACUAUAGGAUAAGACAGGAGACUCCUUUCAGAGGCAAGAAGAGUACAUUUGCAUCCAGAAGGAUGACUUAAAUAGUCUUAUUCUUAAACAUUGCUUUAGUCACCGACUUUUGUAGUUUAUAUCAAAAUUAGAUAUUUCAGGUCAUGAUUUAAAGAGAGCAAUAGUAUCGAUAUCAAAUUUUAUUUAAUGUGUUUUACAUAAUUUUUAGAAUUAGGAUCAGUUUAAUAGGGUUUGCUCCCUGAUUGGAAUCCUCAUGCUCCAAUUUGUGCUAAUUAGGCCUGGAUAUAGUUUUAGCGUAUUUUUUGGAUUUAUGAAAAAUUAAGAGCUGAAUGUAAAUGCAAGGUUAUUAAUAAGCUCCAUUAUUUUUAGUUUUCUAAAAAUACGAGAGCUCCUAUUUAACUAAACAAAUAGCUUAGAAAGCCAUUAUCCAAGUCUUAUCU